CACGAAAACAGGACAACCAAGUUGGUAAAAUCUUUCAAAUAUACCUUCCGCCAUGAAUAGUAGUUGCAUCUAAAAUCAAAGGAAACAAUUUUAAACGCGUUCGACAGGAAAAUGUCCCUCCUCAUACUGCGCAAAGAUUUAUGGCAAGCAAUAUGAAAUGAGUGCCGGAAAUUAAUCUGAACAUUCCCGCCAACCGUGGCCAAACAGAUUCUGUGUGUUGAGCUGUGAGUGAUUGUAGUGUAUGUGUGCAAGUGUAUGUAGCGUAUGGUCACGAGACGUACCGGAAAAAUAAAAUCCUGCAGCGCUAGUUUUCCAAACCAUAUCCUCCCCCACGCUCGUUCGUUUGCUCUCCACGGGGUUACCACUUUGUGUGGCACUUCCUGUCUGUGAAUGCGGCGACACUGGCCCAGUGCCAACGUGCUCGUUCGAGCCUGUAAGGGUGGCAGACAGGUGUAAUGAGGCCAAGUUCUGGCACACGUCAAUCGGAACCGGCCGCGGUGAUACAGCAAAGAUGCGCCUCAUCAUGUUACGGUAGUAGUGGCAGACGCAGUGGUAAUAGCAGCGGAACCGGUGCAAGUGUUUAGCGAAAAACACACGCGAAAAGAACCCCCGGAAAAAGUGAAUGCGUGUGAGUGGGAGAGUGAACCACAGAUAAAAAAGAAUCCGACGACACUGUGGAAGGCAGAGGAAAGUUGCAUUACGUACGCGAUCAAGGAUAAUUCGUCUGUUUUUUUGAGGACAAAUAUUAGAACUCCAAUCAUCAAGAUGACCGUCGAUUUCAACGACUAUUUUUGGGGCGAUAAAAACAAUGGCUACGAGGUGCUGUACCAAAACAUGAAGUAUGGCCUGGCGGCAACGAAAGAGCUGGCGGAGUACUUCCGCGAACGCUCGAAUCUCGAAGAGUACAACUCGAAGCUGCUGACGAAGCUUGCCAACAAGGCGGGUUCGAGCGGUGGUGGCACAUUUUCACCGCUCUGGAUCAUCCUCAAGUCCACGACCGAGCGGCUGUCGGAGCUGCACGCACAGAAGGUGCAGAAGCUGACGGAGCUGGUCAAGAACGUCACCAAGUACGCGGAGGAUCUGCACAAGAAGCACAAAUCGGUCAAGGAGGAAGAAUCGGGCACGCAGGAUGCGGUACAGGCGAUGAAAGAAUCGACAACGGCCGUAGCGAAAGCAAAGGAUAUCCACAAUGCACGGCUACAGGAGGUGGAAAAGGCACGGAAGGACAAUUCGACCAAGGAGAUCGAAAAGUCCGAGGCAAAGCUACGCAAGCAUCAGGAUGACUACAAGGCGCUGGUGGAGAAACACAACAUAAUCAAGCAGGAGUUUGAAAAGAAAAUGACAAUAACGUGUAGGCGUUUUCAAGAAAUGGAAGAAGCACAUCUGAAGCAGAUGAAAGAGUUCCUCUCGUCGUACAUGGACAUCGUGCAGAACAAUUUCGAUCUGGUUGGACAGGUCCAUUCUGAUUUGAAGCGUCAAUUUUUAGAGUUAACCGUGGACAAACUUCUGGAACAGUUCGUGCUCAACAAGUACACCGGUUUGGAGAAGCCAGAGCUAAUUGAGCUUGAUUUUGAAAGUGGCACCGCAAAUGCUUCCGGUGCGGGUGGUGGCAAUAGUAGUCACCAGCUGCUAGUAAACACGUCAGCCUCGGUACCGGGUGGUAGUACGUCGCCCGCAGCAUCCUCUUUGGCAGGCGGUUUGCUUGAAUCACCGACCCUGUCAGCUACCAGCUCCUCACAACCGAUCAACAUUGGCCCGACGUCGUCCAGCAAGAAGGAAAGCAGCCAUCUUCGAUCGUGGUUUAGCUCGAGCUCGACCGCGGCCGUCCCAACGAACUCACCGGUCAAUCUGUCCACAUCACCCACAGCCACCUCGGUAGGCGGUGGUGGUGGGCUGCGGUACGAUGGACACGGCGCAUCGGAUCUUUCCACUCCGCAUCAUCCAAUGUCCUUACGCGCCAUGUCGCCGGUGCCAUCGGGGCUGAACGAAAGUAGUAGCGUUUCCGGAUCCGCACAAAUCUCCGGGUUUCUGCGCAGCCGACGCGAGAAGGCCAAAUCGAAGAAAGCCAAAAAGAAGAAAGAUUCCACGGAAAAUUCCAGUGCCAAAGAGGAAAAUAUUUUGGACGGUGAUAGCAAGGGCGAAUCAGCAAAUGCGGACAGUGCUACGAAUCUGCAAACCACCUCCGCGAUCAGUGCAUCGAACGUAGCACCGACGGCAACACCCGAAGUCGAUGAGGACGGUUACAGUAUACAGCCGCGCGAAACGACGUGGGAUAGUGCGACGAUCACGGAAAAGAGCAAUAACUUCUACUCAAGCUCUGAUAGUGACAGCGAGGAUGAACGAGAGGAGAAAAAAAUUCACGUCGAAAUUAAACCGCUGAACAAUGGUGCCGCACCUAUUUCGGCGAGUGUUGAUGAGCUGCGUGCAACGGUGGAAAAUCUGUCAUUAUCACCUAUCGGUAUUUUAACAUCGCAACAGCAACAACAGCACCAUCAACAGCAUCAGCACCAUCAGCUACAGCAGCAGCAGCAACAACAACAACAACAACAAUCCUCACAGGCACAUGCGUUGCACCAUCAGAUGUCGGUCGGGAACGCGUCGCUUUUGAACAACAGUAACGCCACGCACCUCACUAGUCCGAAUGCCUCGAAUGCGUCCACGCCGACCACAGUGCAUCCGUAUGCACCACUCCAAAGCCCAACCCUGUCGAUGUCAACGAGCUCGAACAAUCGUUAUGCUGACCUUGGGGAUAUAUUUUCGGAGGUGGGCGAUAUAAGCAUCUCGGCACCGGCGUCCGCGAACCUAACGAAGCUUACACAACGACAAAUCCCAACACCGACAUCCGCCGGUGGUAGCAGUAUUGCUAUACCGAGACCUCCAUCCAGACGAUCGGAAGCGGCUGUGGCACGGGAUCGAGUAAGUCCUGCAUCACAGAUCGCACGUGCUGACAGUGUCGGGAGUUUGGAGUUUCGAAGCCCGAGCGUUGGUAUUGGAUCCUCUCGCGGUCCAUCCCCGUUGACAAUCGGCAUGUCCGAUACGAUUCCAUUGGCUGUUGCAUUCCACGAAAUUAUUCAUGCGUACUUCAAAGGGGCUGACGAGUCCCGAUGUCAGGUGAAAAUGUCGGGCGACAUGAUGAUAUCGUUCCCGGCGGGUAUUGUGAACGUGCUGACUAACAAUCCCAACCCGGCCAAGCUGGGCUUCCGCAUCAAGAAUCUCCAACAUCUCGACAACGUGCUGCCCAACAAGCAACUCGUCACGAUCGAUCGCCUACAGUCGACCAGCUUCAGCACGACGCUCGAGUUCAAUAUGCCAGUAUUAACGGCGACCCUGCGGCGUCAGUCCGAACAGAACCCUAACGCACCGCACAUCAACGUCGACAUCCUGAAGUAUCAAAUUAAGGCAAAACCGGGUGCCUCGUCCUGCCCGUUCCAGCUCGUGUCCUACUGGAAGUGUGAACAACGGCACACGGACAUCAAGAUCGACUACAAGUAUAACUGCCACGCGAUGGCACAACCGUCCCCGUUGCUGAACGUUUCCAUCUCGGUACCGGUCGACGGUGGCGUAAAGAAUGUACAAUCGAAACCGCAUUCCGCAUGGCAAGGAGAAUCGAACCGAUUGGUGUGGAACUUUACGGAUAUAUCGCAACACUCCGAGAGUGGUGGUGUUGAUACGCUCCGGGCAAGACUCGAGGUUGGCACGGGACCGUCGACACCGGCCAUUAUUUCAACUCAGUUCAACUGCGAAGGAACGACACUGUCUGGAAUCGAGUUCGAGCUAGCCGGUUCUGGCUAUCGGCUGUCGCUUGUAAAGCGCCGUUUUGUAUCUGGAAAAUACAUCUGCGAAGGCGACGGCAUACGGACGGUGAAAACACCUACACCACCAAACGUGUCGGGCGUUAUGUCACCGAUCCCGUUCGGAAGCGGCAAGUCUGCUAACUCUUCCUCCGGUGGCACAACCGGAUAGUAUCGGUUUUUUUUCUACUAGAAAUGCCAGUACUGUGUAACCACUUUGGUCGCUGAAGAAGAAACGAUUGAACUGAUAAGCAGAAGUUACCACAAGCUAAUAAUACUGGCGAGAACAUCCGGGCAUACACCGUCCACGUCUUCGUGAUCAUCGAACAUCAACGUGUGAGAAAAUGUAGUACGGGAAAACGUUAGGCACCCUUAGAUUAUGUUUGUACACCCGGUACGAAUUUCCAAUGUCCAAUUGCUUUGCUUUCGGAGGUGAUUAUGUGAGUUUUAUUUCCAAACCAGACCAGACAAAUGAAACGCAUCGUUGAGGACUGUACCGGAGCCAAGGUUAGUUCGGGUGGAGUAAGAUGAUAAUGUUGAUAAGUACCAGGCUAGGAGAUUUCAAGACCGUUGUUAGUCCCGUUUUUGGCAGGAAUAAGCGAGAGAAGUUGAUUAAGAAUAGCCUUUUUGUAGUAAUGGGUAUGGUGCCUUCCUUCUUUAGUGCAAACCCCUGGCCGGUCCGUCGGUGCACGCGCCCCGGCUUUUGUUUGUCCAAACUAGUUCUAUACAUGCAUGGGUUUUCUUAACUUCCGGCUAACAUUCGUUCUUUUUUGUACUAAACUUUUAGUAUUUCCUAAAGGACUGAACGUCAUUCCUGUUAUUGGUCGGUGUUUCAUUUUUUCCAUUAGCUAUCUAGCUUUGUGUUAGCUUUCUAUCUAUUUUCUAUUCCUCAACACACAAGAAUGCUUUAAGUAAUGUAAAUUCCAUGUAAUAUCUUUUGCAGAAGGCGCUCGUUCGAAAGUAAUCAUAUUAAGACAAACAUCACAUAAAUCGGGCGGGCGCUUUUCUCAGUGAAUAUAUUAGACUUAAAGAAGAACGAUCGGUAAGGAUAAAUGUGCAGGAAAAUAGAAUACCUGCAGAUCUUUGCAGUCGAGCAGCAGGUGUGAAGGCUGUAUUUUACGCAUGCUUUCCAACAUCCGCAUGCUCGUGUUAGGACGUCAAUGAAAAUACUCUAGCGUUGAACAUAUACAAUUGAACGUAUUGCACUGCAUUCGCUAUUCCAUUGUGCCCAGAGUUUGAGUUACGGUAGUUAGUGGCACUCCACCAUGCACUGUACGAUUAUACUGAUAUUUUAUGCUCUACCGUAGCAUAUGCAACAAAGUAUAAACUUAUGUACGUUCGAUGUACUCUGUGUCCCUAUGCGCGAGAGCUCCCUUAGUUAUGGUCACUCUUUCGUUUCGGUACAACACACUUGUAUUAUUAUUAUUUCCCAUUCUUCAGCACUAGGGAAGUAGGUUUAAAGAUAGGGUAGAGCAGGACAUAAGGGAGAGCAAAAGAAUCUGAACUAAAACCGGGACUGUUUCCUAUCGUAUCGAACUAUAAAAUGAAAUUAAUCCAAUUGCCCCCAAUCUCCGCUCCCCACUGGAAGAGUUUGUAACAUUUGUAGGUUAGGAAACAACGCAAUACACAACAAUAAACAAACACACACAAAGCCGCAAAACUGCAAACGAUUUACAUUAAAAUAGCGAUACACUUGAAAUCCACUUUUGCAUACAAAAACACUUAUUCGAAUAGGAACAAAAAGGACGCAACAUUUAUCCAGGUAUAAUUAUUAUAUGGCAUUGUGCGCAGGAAAAAUAAA